CUCCCUAACAGAGGAUAAAGAUGAAAAUGACCAUUUCAUUCGUGUGAAUCGGUCGUCGAUGAUCUUCUUGAUCCUUGGAUGAGACCUAAUCCUCAGCCGGUGUUGAAAUUUCAAGAAAAUAGUGCAGACUCCCAGGCGCAAAAUUUGCCGUUGUAAUCGCCAAAACACCAAGUUUCAGAACUGACCAGCAAUCUCCAUCAAAGAUGAUGCACAUGACCUUCUAUUGGAGCUACAAAGUCACCCUCCUGAUCGACUCCUGGAGGACUCAUUCAUGGACGGGUUACGCCCUCAGUUUACUUGCCUGCCUGCUCGUCUCUGCUUUCUACCAGUACCUGGAGAAUCGCCGAAUUCGCCUGAAGCUCAUUUUAUCUGGGAGGCCGUCUCAGACGCCGCAGAUCCGGAUCCCUCUUCUGCAAACGAAUCUCGUUGGAGAUAAAACCAGGCUGGGAGUGAAGCUAGCGGGAGCCAUUCUCUUUGGGGUGAACUCGGCCAUCGGAUAUUUGCUGAUGUUGGCCAUCAUGUCGUUCAACGGAGGGGUAUUUAUUGCGAUCGCGGUAGGCCUUUCCAUUGGCUACUUCUUUUUCAGGAGUGAAGGAGAGGAUGUUUCACUUGUUGUUGACAAUUCCUGUGCCUGUACUUAGUUUAAAAAACGAAGACUUGAGGAAGAUCGAUUGUGUUUUGGAUUUCCUCACACAGAAUGAUUACUGGUUAUUAUAUUCUUCUUUGUGUUUUUGGGAAUUCAGGAUCUAGUAUUUAGAAUGACUUUUGUGUUGUAUAUUUCUAUAUCUGUCAUAUCUGUUUUAUACUGAACUGUUAAUCUGAAGUUUUGUUUGUUUUU